AUGCAUAAUUAUUGUAAGCUAAAUUCUGUUUCACCUUUUCUCUUGCUAUCUCAAAUAAGCAAAUCUACCGUUUACUCGCAGCAACUUCCGUGAAUUCCAGAUACUGGAUGGGCGCAGCUUUUAAGUGAGCUGAAAUUUCCUCAUUGAACUCAUUGUGAACUUUGUGAAAAAACAUUGUGAACUUUAAUAUAUUUGAAAUUUCCUGUUUCUUUUUCAGGCUUUACGAUAUUUCAUUAUUUACUGUUAAACUGUGCGAAUCAUGUUUUUACCUCCCAUCCGCAGGAAAAAGACGAUCCAUCGCAUGAAUUCUUUCCAAAAAUGUAAUCUGUAAAAAUGAAAAAAUAUAAUUGCUUUUUCCCUUUUUCCCUUGGACUGAUUUUAGAACUGAGUUUAGAAAAUCCCCCUAAACAUGGUGAAAGAAACAAGUGCAAAUUCAUUUAAAACAGUUUCAUACUAAGAACUAUAUGCUGACACGUUUUUAUCGUUUAAUUAGGUGAGAACACAGCAAUGACAGACUCGAACACGAAUUUCACUUAUCUCAACACCUCACAGCCCACGUCAGGAGUGGGCGGUGGAGGGGGAGGAUUUGGCGUCCCCUCAAAGGAGUCAGUCAUUCUCGCGUGCUUCUUUUACACCGUCAUUGCCCUCGUUGCCGUGUUUGGCAACUUCAUGGUAGUAACAGCUUUCUUCAUCAACGACAAACUCCGCACUGUGACAAAUUACUUUGUAUUGGGCUUAGCACUUGCAGACAUUUUGGUGGGUGCUCUGUCAGUUCCCUUGUGGAUGUACAUUUUAAACUACUACGCAGACUUACGGCCUAUGGAUUUGAGGUUUAAAACCUUGAAUGAACUCUAUGUAGCGCUGGAUAAUUUUGCAGGGAUCUCCUCCAUUCUGCAUCUUAUGGCUAUUUCGAUGGAGCGAUAUUUUUGUGUUGGUUGGGCCGUGAAACACCGCAACACCAAAAAGUACGUCUACUACAUUGCCUUGUUCCUGGUUUGGUUCAUUUCAGCCUUGGCAGCCUCCAUCAAACAUACGAUCCCUAGCAUCAAAACAACAGACCUUGUUCUUUUAACCUUUGUCGUCUUCUUUCUGCUACCAUUGACGGUCAUCAUUGUGUCAUAUGCAGCCAUUUGGAAAAUUGCCAUGACCAGGAUGAACAACAACCCCAGUAAGCGUUCCCUUAAGAGGGAAAUUCGCACUGCUACAACCAUUGCCUUCGUCAUUGGGUUCUUCCUGAUUGCGUGGACUCCAUUUUUCAUUACACUUAUAGUAGUGGUGUACUGCCCUACGUGUCCCUAUAAUUGGUCAGCGACGAUCUUUUAUAAAUUUCUUCAUUAUUCCAAUUCGUCAAUCAAUCCCAUCGUGUAUGGCGUCAGAAUACCAGAGUUUAGAAAGACUUUCAAGUUCAUUCUGCGGCGAAUCUACGGACCCAUCUUAGCACCAUGUAGAAAUUAAGCUAGUGUUAGUUUUUGAAAACCCUAAAACGCUUUUCACGGCUUUCAUGACCUACUAAACACCAUAGUUUUUACAGCGCCUGGAACCUUAAACAUUUACCCGAACUCCAGAGCCACUUUCACUUUGUAAGCUAUAUGAUUGAUAUAAAAAAAAGUGCAUAUGGACGAAUGCAAGUUAAAUCGUUGGUAUUCGUUUCGAUUUUUAUUCCCCUCGCUUAGCAUUUCAUUUGAUUGAUUUAAUUUCAAUUUUAGAUUAAAUUUUUUCAUAUAUGCUCAAUUUCGGAG